AUGUACCAGUACCCUUCAAGGUGAGUGAGGCACCCACAAACGCACAUAGGGAACCCAUCCAACAAACACAUGUGCACCUAUCGUGUGUGUGCCAUCCGUCUGACAGCGGCAAGGAUGAUGGUGAGCCGAGUGACGGUCUUGGCAGCAGCCCCGAUCUCAUCAGCAGUGUGUCUAGCCUGGUCAGCGAGAGAGUGACCGAGUCACUUAUUGACUCAUUCCGACGUGUUGGUGGUGGUGUGUGUGUCAGUAUGGUGAUAGUUACUACUCGUGCUCGGCCCGCGCCCUCUGCAAGGCACUGGCUGCGAGCGGGCACACAUGCUAUGGCAGUUUCUACGAGGCGGGAUGGGAUUAUUCCGCCCCCACAGUCAUGACGGAUGCGGUGGCACCCAAGGGCGGACAAUUUGAUAUCUACAGGAGUUUCUGCUUCUUGCCCGGCACCACCUGCCACCUUGAGGAACAGGCGAGUGCUACGGAACAGACACCUACACGCACUCACCGAACUAGUUAGUGCCCGUCUGUCGGUGUGCAGAUGUGGGCCCUCGGCAAUGGACAGAGGAUCUUCACCAAAGAGAGGACUGGCGCAACUGACGAUUUCCUGUUCUCUGAUUCACCGCUUGCCACUGAGGAAGUGGCGCUCACCCGCCGGAUCAACCCAAGCGAGACGCCAGCACCCGUCUUCAAUGCGGGCUUGUUCUCUAUAAUUCAGGAAUUCUUCGGCCCAGACGGGGUUCCCUUCAGCCCCGCUGAGGAGUCCGAUAACGUAUGGCCCCCGUUCACUGCAGACACAGCCAACUAUGCGGCGCUGUCCGAUUUGGUAAAGGGGGCCGGCAACAGCCCUGUGCAGUUCCUCAAGCCGCCGGCACAGGUUGAGCCUGAAGGAGGGUUCAAAGCGGAGGAAUGCGCGUGCUGGGACACAAUCAAUCCCGAGUGAGGAAGAGGAGUACACAUGAACGAGUACAUCCAUCCAUCCAUACACACACACGUGUCUCUCUUGCCUUUCUUGCCGGACUGUGUCGUGUUUCUGUCUGAGUGCAGCUACGAUCUUACGUGGCUGCAGAUCAAAAAGGAGCGGAAGGGAUUCUCCGCCGCUCUCACAGAGCAGCAAUGCGACAACGGCACUGUGGCGGUUAUGACGGGCCCCCCGCCGGCCAAUAAGACGGUGGCUGCGGCAUGGAGAGACGUCUUCGCCAAGCACCCCGUCCAGGCGGCCUUUGCCCUGUCGCUGCAGGCGGCCAUGGACCCCCACCCGGCUUGCAUGGACCCCAACACAGGCCGGAUAGAGUCGAGGGACGGCAGGAAGGUGCCGCCCAGCAAGGUCAAGAUCAACAAAGGCGGCAGGGCAGUGGCCAUCAAUAAUGGAGGCUACAAGAUCAGACCCAGCGACUUCCGUCAUGUGCCUCGCGCAAUGGCAAUGCUGACCACACUCAUCGACGGGGCCGCUGACGAAUGA